UUUUAAAAGGAAGAAUAAUAAUAACAAUAAUUAUUGUGCGGACGGAAGCAUCAGCCAAUCUCACCAUUUUUGUGGAGCAAAAUAGAAGUCGACGAGUGGCUACAUUUCAGGUUAAGAGACGGCGGCGCCGAUGAACUCCAUUCUAUCAUCUUCAUCCCCAUCCCUUCCCAUUUUCAACCACAAAAAAUCUCCUUCUCCAUUUCCAAUUUCCCAUUCUUUCACUUCUCCUUCAAUUCCCAAACCCGCACCCUAUUCCCCUCUUCGCGUCUCAUCUUCUUCUUCCGACAAUCCGGCCGUCACCGUUCCAUCUCCACCCACCGACGCCCCUCUCGACACCCUCCGAUCCGCUUCUAAUGUCGUAAGGGACUUUUACGACGGAGUCAAUCGCCAUGACCUCGCCUCCGUUGAACCACUCAUUGCUGAGAAUUGCGUUUACGAGGACCUCAUCUUUUCUCGCCCUUUCGUCGGUCGGAAGGACAUUCUUCUUUUCUUCAAAAAGUUUAACGAUUCCAUCAGUAAGGAUCUUCAGUUUGUUAUUGAUGAUAUAUCCACCGAAGACUCAUCAGCUCUGGGUGUACUUUGGCAUUUAGAAUGGAAAGGGAAAGAGUUUCCUUUUAGUAAGGGAUGCAGCUUUUAUCGCUUGGCUGAUGUUGAUGGCAAGAAACAAAUUAUCUAUGCAAGAGACAGCGUUGAGCCUGCAUUCAAGCCUGGGGAGAUGGCUUUGCCAUUAGAGGUGUAACUUGGCUUCUGGAACAAUUCCCUCAGCUAGCAGAUCGGAUAUAAUCCCACUCUCACUAGGAAGAAUUUACUAAUGUAUAAGAUCCAAUAUUCUUUUAGUAUAAAUGUAUAUUUAGCAAUAGAUCAAAUUGUAUAAAUUCAUAUAAGUUACAUGAUCCAAAAAGCUAAUCUCCUCUGGGUUCCUUUCUCUUUGUAAUUUUGCAAUCAUCAAUGAAAUUAUUUCUUAUUCAAUAACUAGUUGAGAGAUAUUUGGUUAUGAUCC